GCCACGUGUCACCCCUUGACUUUUCGUACGUAGUAGUCGCCAUGUAAACAGAGGAAGCUCACAAUCUUCAUUUCUUGAGAGAUCCAAAAAAAGAAUCAGAAAGAAGAAGAAGAAGACUCCAAAAACGAUGCCGUAUUACACCAACGACGACAAUGACGUCGACGAUUUCACCGAAUACGAUCCGAUGCCUUAUAGUGGAGGCUACGACAUCACCGUGACAUACGGCCGUUCAAUUCCACCGUCCGACGAGACUUGUUACCCUCUCUCCUCUCUCUCCGGCGACGCCUUUGAGUAUCAGCGACCUAAUUUCUCUUCUAACCACGAUUCUUCUGCUUAUGACGACCAAGCUCUUAAAACCGAGUACAGUAGCUAUGCACGACCCGGACCCGUUGGAUCUGGAUCUGAUUUUGGCCGGAAACCUAAUUCUGGAUAUGGAGGGAGAACGGAGGUUGAGUAUGGCCGGAAAACUGAAUCGGAGCAUGGAUCUGGCUAUGGUGGAAGAAUUGAGAGCGAUUACGUGAAGCCUAGCUAUGGCGGUCACGAGGAUGAUGGUGACGAUGGUCACAAAAAACAUAGUGGUAAGGAUUAUGAUGAUGGAGAUGAGAAGAGUAAGAAGAAGGAGAAGGAGAAGAAGAAGGAUAAGAAGAAAGAUGGUAAUAACUCUGAAGAUGAUGAGUUUAAGAAGAAGAAGAAGAAAGAGCAGUACAAGGAGCAUCAUGAUGAUGAUGAUUAUGAUGAGAAGAAGAAGAAGAAGAAAGACUAUAAUGAUGAUGAUGAGAAGAAGAAGAAGAAGCAUUAUAAUGAUGAUGAUGAUGAGAAGAAGAAGAAGCAUAAUUACAAUGAUGAUGAUGAUGAGAAGAAGAAGAAGAAGGAGUAUCAUGAUGAUGAGGAUAAGAAGAAGAAGAAGCACUAUGAUAAUGAUGAUGAUGAGAAGAAGAAGAAGAAGGAUCAUCGUGAUGAUGAUGAUGAGAAGAAGAAGAAGAAGGAUAAGCACCACAAGGGACAUGACUAAAAAAGCUUUAUGAUUUGGGAUUUGCAUUCUUAUGACUAAAUAAGUAACAAUAACAACCUAAGCACACUGCUCUCUACGUUUAUGUCAAUUGUUGUUUUGUUUUUGCUUUGUGUUUUUGCUUCGUGUUUUUGCUAACUUUAGUGAGAUCUUCAUAAGUCAUAUAUGUUAAGUGUGUCUUCUAGUGAUGUCCUUUGGUUUAACGAAUCCGCCUACUACUUUAUGACCCGUAAAUGACCUACGGGUUUGGCGGGGUUUACUCAGCCGUUUGAAUUCACGGGUUAAGUUUUCUACGGGAACAGCUCAUAAACGGUCCAAAAUACAGAGAACAAAACUUGCUAUUUUAUAUAUGAUCUUGAGUUUGGUCUAAAGCAAAAUUUGCUAUUUAAGUUUCUCAAAAUUCAAGAUGAAGACUAUUGAUUGGUUAAGUAAGUAUAAGAA